AUCGUCUCGAUGGCCCGUGCCGCGAUCGCCACCAAGACCAAGAAGAAGCCGGCGGACUUUAAGCGGCCCAAGCGCAAGGUGGGCCGCCGAGCUGCGCCCGCGGCUAAUGUGACGUCCGUGGGCAUCACCUCUCGCCGCAUUAAUCUAUUGGAGCAGUCGCUUCUGCAGGACAAGGCUGGCGCGGCCCAGUUGACGCACCGGCGUCAGGCGCUGCCGGAACUGUUGCAACAGGCGGGCCACUACAACGCGCAUGUACGCCAACGCGCGUUGCAAGGUCUUAAAGAGUUAGCCACGCAGGCCACGGCGGCUAACCUGCGGGCCAACGCUUCAGUGCUGCUGGAGCGCUUCUUGCCCACACUGCUGGACGAGGAGGCUGUAGUGCGCGAAGCCGCAGUGCAGGCGUGGAAGGCCAUACUUCCUGUGCUCCGCAGUGCGCUGGCCCCCUUCGCCACACUCGUGGCCACUUAUCUAUGCAGCGGCCUGACCCAUUUGCAAGUGGGCGUACGGCAGGACGCUCUCAAAGCCAUCGGCGAGCUGGUGGAUGAAGCACCCGAGCUGCUACGCGAUGACGCAGGUCGUGAGGCUUUGGCCAGACUAUUAGAGAAUUUUAGGGACUUGAUCUGCGCCGCACAGACCCAAGGAAUCAGGAUGAUGAACACAUACGACCUGUUAAUGGGCACUGAGUCUUCAAACUCGGCCGGAAAGAAAGGAAGCAGUGGCCGAAAAAGCAACAAGGCUAAGCAGAAAAGCAAGAAGCCCAAGGCGCCAUCGGGAGCUCUGGCGCUUAGAUUCUCGGCACUCAAGGUGCUACACAAAUUGCUACUAUCUGUGAGUGUUAGCCAAAGUUGUGGGAAGAUCGCUACGGCCCGGUCGGCCUCUGUACCGACGACAAAGUCGCUGCUACUGUUUCCCACCCCGCGGCUUGUUACGACCAGUAUGUUUGCUGCUGCAUCAAUGACUACCAGCUCUGGAGAGAAGGCGAGUGCUUCAUGGCAGGAAAAAGUACGUGCGCUAUUGCCAUCGCUACUGGAUCUGUGGCUGGAGUGUCUUGAGGGAAGCACCGACGCACUCUCGGACGUUCAUGUGGAGCACAUGAAGUACAUUGUGGAGUGCACGACUGCUGUGGUCGGCGCUAAUACCGAUCGGCUGAAUAUUGACGAGGAUGAUGCAAAGAAUAACGAGUUUUUCCAGGCUGCGUUGAAGUUACGAGAGGAACUUUUGGCACCGGAGAACUUUCCAAUGUUACCAAGUGCCAGUGCGACUCUCGCUGCUGCUGAUGGCCCGGGGCUUUCAAGAUGGCAUGGGAUGAAUGCGGCGCUGGCCAAGUUGGCCUGUGAAUAUCUUCGCCUUCCUGCGUUAAUGCGAGGUUCGGACAAGGAGGACGCGUUGGAGCAGCGUGCAUGCUCCUAUGUGGUUAGUACACUGGCCAAGUACAAGGAGACGGUCGAGCUUCGUGCGGUGGCCAGCAUGCAGAACGUCCUCCAGCCUCUUCUGGAGGUGGUGACGCUCAUCUUGGCGUCUGCGUCGCAGCGUAGCGAGGACAAGGAGAAGACGACCGCUGGACGAACGCUCUUGCUGGAUGCAGUGACUCAAUUCUACGUGCUGUGCACGCCCAAGUCCGUCAGCUUCCGUAGCUGCACAGCAUUUGCCGUCGAGCAGCUCGAAAUUGCGCUCCGUGGCCAACAGCGACAGAGCUACAAGCUGGCGUGGCCCAUGGUCAUGCAGUGGGUUGUAUGUCUUGCGGAUCUGCUCGGCCAACUCGAUCCGCAGCACAUGGAGCUCGGCCGCCGCAGUUUACUGGCCUUGAUCUCCGUUCUCAAGCAGCUUCCUGCUGAAUUCGCAACUAGUGACCAGAUGGACGGAGUGCUAGCCAACUUGUCAGCGUUCUUCGAUCUGGCAGCGGUGCCGUGUGCUUCCAUGACUGAAGAUGAGAAGCAGAGGAUGUUGGCCAGAACCCGGUUCGAUGCCUUAGGUGCGGCCGAUCAACUCGCCUUUGUGGCGCUUGUGUACCAUAUUCCCCGGUAUCCUGUGUCUCUGCUGCGUGCACUUGCAAGUUGCUGCAAGAGUCCGCGUAUAAACAGCGAGGCUAAGAGCUUCCUGGUUGAUAUUCUGUUCCAGAGACGUGAGGCUGUGGAUCUCGCUCACAUUGUGAGUUUCCUGGUCAGUACAGCACUCGCUCCGGUCGAUACUAACGCGCUCCAGCAGCGUCAACAGCUUCAACUUGUUGGCCACGUGUGCCGCACUUUUAUUGCGAUGAACUUGGGCAAUUCCCUGCCGAAGAUUCUGGCGCCGACGUUGGCCAAGGCUCAAGCGCGUGAGGACAUGAACGCGACCGAGUUACACACUUUAUUGCUGUUUUACCGGACGUGUGUGGUAUCUGCUACUGCUCAGACUCAACAGCGCUCGGAGAUUCCCGUGGAGAUGGAGAGAGAACUUGUGAGUUUGUGUACUAAGGUGGUGACAACUUAUAAUGCUACGUCGGAGCAGGCGACGACGCCAGAGGAGAUGGAUACUCGUGAACAGGAGCGAUUACUGGUGGAGGCUUGUGUAUCGACGUUGGUUCUGAGCGAGAUGAACAUCUUCGCGUCGUUCUUGGAGGAACUUGUGGCUCAAAAGGUUCCCGUUUUGACUCGUCGACUGCGUGUACUUCAGGGGUUAGUGCGGACAUCAAGUCUGACAGGGGCGUUCAAACGCCACCAGAACAUCGUUGACAAACUGGUACUUGCUGUGGAGCAACAAUUUCCUGGUGAUGAUGAGGUUGCGCAACUUGUUCGACAACUACGCGGUGAUCUGGAGCUGCUUGCAGUAAGCUAGCUGUACUGAAGAUGGCUCCAAGUAAAUAGACAUGGAUGAAUAAUAUGUACGAGCAAGAGUCUUAUUUUUUCCAUUGCCUUUUCUAGCAGAACGAACUUUGAGUAUUGUUGAGAAGAAACAGAAGCAUCAUGGUGCUAAGUGUAAUGCAUCUUAUGGUUGUUGUC